UCUAAUGGCUAGGAUUAGAUUAGGUAUAAUGGUGUGAGUGUGUGCACAGAGGAGGAGGAUUGGAUUGAUAAAAAUUCAUUUCAAUAACAAAUCAAUUGUUUGUUUCGAGACUUUUGCGUUAUUUUUUUCUUUUUCUUUCCUAAUGUACAAAGUAGAAUAGGACCUGAGGCCGUGCAUACUCCAACAAGCAGAAAUCUCAAAAAGCGUGUUUGAAUGAAGGCUAGUUUUGCACAUUUUAUUCGAGAGAUGCUGAAGAUGAUGAUGCGGAAUAUAGCUGCUGCUUCUUCUUCUUAUUGCAGCAGCAGGAGAUGGAGAGGUAUGCCUUGUCUUCACUCUAACUCCACUCUUGUUGUUUUCACCAGCAAUUACUUUGCUUUCUUUCAUUCUCAACCUUCGAAACCAAUCAAAUCUACAAGAACCCAACUAGACCAGGCAGUGAGAAACGCACCCACAAUCACAACUGUUGAGGAUGCUUUCAAUGUGUUUGAUAGAAUGCUUCAAAUGCAUCCUCCGCCUUCAGUUGUUCGUUUCAAUCAAAUAUUGGGUCAAGUUGCGAAAUUGAAACAUUAUUCUGCCGUCAUCUCCUUUUAUAACCAAAUGGAUGUGUCGGGAAUUGGACCUGAUGUUUACGCUCUAACCAUUCUCAUUAAUUGUUAUUGUCAUUUGGACCAAAUGGGUUUUAGUUUAUCUGUCUUAGGAAAAAUUUUCAAAGUUGGUCUUGAACCAAAUGUCACUACUUUCAACACUUUAAUCAGCGGCUAUCUUCUCAAGAAUAGAGUGGCAGAGGCGGCAGGAAUUUUCAACAAAAUGAUUGUGGGAGGUAAUUGUCAGCCCGAUGUGGUUACUUUUGGCACAAUAAUAAGGGGCUUUUGCAUGAAAGGUAACAAUAGUGCUGCUAUUCAGUUGCUUAGGAAGAUGGAGGAAGUAGCUUGCAAGCCUAACCUAGUUGUCUAUAGCACAAUCAUCGUUAGUCUUUGUAAGGAUACACUAGUUGAUGAUGCAUUGAACCUCUUCUCAGAAAUGAUGAGCAAGGGUAUUUCCCCAAAUGUCAUUACCUAUAACUCUUUGAUGAAUGGAGUUUGCAAAUUAGGCGAAUGGAAAGAAGCUGCAAGGUUGUUGAAUGAAAUGGUGAGUAAAAAUAUCUUUCCUAAUGUGUUAACGUUCAACGUCUUGGUAGACGCACUUUGUAAGGAGGGAAUGGCCGUGGAAGCAGAAGGCGUGGUUGAGAUGAUGAUUCAAAGAGGUAUUGAACCUGACACGGUUACGUACAAUUCACUAAUGGAUGGUUACUGUUUGCAAGGAAGAAUGGACAAAGCGAAAAAGGUUUUUGAACUAAUGCUUAGCAAGGGCUUGAUGGUUGAUGUUGUUAGCUACAGCACAUUGAUAAAUGGAUAUUGUAAGCAAAAAAAGAUUGAUAAUGCCAUGAUUCUUUUUCUGGAUAUGUCUCAUAAGGGACUAGUUGCAAAUACCGUUACCUAUAACACUCUUCUGGAUGGUUUUGGCAAAGCAGGUAGAAUACAGGAUGCACAAAAGUUGUUCUCUGAGAUGCAAGCUUGUGGCCAGCUUCCAAAUGCUCGAACUUAUUCUAUUUUACUGGAUGGCCUGUGUAAAAACCGACAACUUUGUAGGGCAAUGCAAUUGUUUUGUGAAAUGGAAGCGAAGAAGUUAGAUAUUGAUAUUGUGAUUUACAAUAUUCUUCUUGAAGGUUUGUUUAUAACUGGAAAAAUUGAAUCUGCAAGGGAUCUCUUUUGUGGUUUAUCAUCAAAAGGACUUCGACCUAAUGUGAGGACAUACACUAUAAUGAUUAAUGGACUCUGUAUCAGAGGCCUAACAAGUGAAGCAGAAAAUUUGCUGGUUGAAAUGGAAGGGAAAGGCUGUUCUCCAGAUGGUUGCGCAUAUAACACAAUUAUCAGAGGGCUUAUCAGUAACAAAGAGACAUCAAGGGCGAUGGUACUGAUUCAACAAAUGGUGGAGAAGGGUUUCUCUGCAGAUGCAUCAACAACGGAGUUGAUAGUUCAAUUACUGUCGAAAGAUGAAGUGGAUCCUGCUUUGUUGCCGUUGAUAAAAGAAUCACUAUGAAAUUAAUUUGCAUCUGUGGACAAUGAACUGGUGCAUCUUUGACGACCAUAAAGGUAUUACAGUGGUCGUGGGUAUGGCAGGAGAUGAAAAUGCCUUCUCACUUGUAUCCGGAAGUUCUGGUAUUAUUUCUGUUUCAUGGAAUUUCUGUUUUAUUUUGUAUGGGAAGAUAGGAGAACCUCUGUUUCAACAAAAGAUCCCAUACAAACCUGAUGCAAGAGCACAAUUGUCAUCAGCUCUCCAUGUCCAACCAAAAUAUAGAAACUUUGCAAGAAAGAUCCACAUAACUGAGAAAUAAAUGACAUAGAGCAAAAGAAGAAACAUGAUCUGUCUAGUUAUGUAUUCAUAUGCUCAGCAUUAUCUUGUAGAAUUUUCGUUCUUGCACAUUACUUUUUCUCUAA